GUGAACAUCAAGGUGCUGCCCAUUUUCUGCGGCUUCGAAUUCGGGUCGGGGAAAAAAGUUCACAUCAGCGAUGCGCUCAUAUCGCUCGAAAGGCUGACUAACCCCGACUCACGCUGGAAGUCGACACCGAAGGGAGCUUCACGACCUGUCCUGCGGCCCGUUCCCGCAGCACGCGGCGUGCGCUGAGCCUGUUUCGUUCAUGUCGAACGAAGGGCGUAGGCAAGGCGGGGUGGCUCAGCCUGUUGAUCUAUACAGUCUGGCGGUGACGAUCUCCACGACCAGACACACGAAGUUGCCCGGCAUGGCGACGAAGGUGAUCAGCAUGACGACCGAACAAGUGCUAAUCGUGAUGUGUACUAUCAACAUACAACACCGAGAACGUCAACAUACUAAUUCUCACCAUCUCUGCGCCGUCUCCGCCUCCGCCGCCACCGCCGCAGAAUCCCUAGCCAGCCCGGAGCUCCCACUUUCGAAGCUCUACUACGUCGUGGGAUCGUUGCAAGCUCUACAUGCGCAGAUGAUGAUGUGGACUUUGUAGAAACCACGGGGAUGACCGCACGGCGCUCAAGACAGGUAGUGCGAACCCUCUAAUCAGCCGUAGAGUAGCGGUGAACAUCGACCCUGUAGCAGCA